UUGCAGAAACACUUCAGCGUCAAGGAGAGCCAUCUGGAAACUGUCGAAGAGGCGUUGCUGAAGUUGAAGAGGCUGGCCCACCGUCGACUGUAUGGGAAUCGCGAAUUCGGACAUGACGCUGCUGCAGACUCUAAAAAGCCAGUAGCGAUCAGCUCUCUUCAACCUACCGUAGCCAAGGAGCUCAGCCCCUAUUUGUUCGAAGGCGACAUUCUUCUGACGCAGCAACAGGCCAUCAGCAUCCUCGAACAAGUGUCGGCCACGGACAGUAGGGCCCGCCGAUCGUUCGACGCAAACCCAGAGUCGAAGUGGCCCAUAACGUCGCCUAUCAAGUACCGCUUCCACGGAAGUCUCGACUUCUAUGCUGUUUCAAAUAUCAUCAAAGCGAUCAGAUACUGGGAGAAUGUGACUUGCUUAACAUUCGAAAACGAUCCUGAUAUCACCGAAUCUGAAGACUUCAUUGAAUUUUUCAGAGGCCAAGGCUGCUAUUCGAUGAUUGGUCGAAAUGGUGGAAGGCAAGGUGUCUCAAUAGGCGAAAACUGUGUGAAGGAAGGUGUGAUUGAGCACGAAAUCGGCCACUCACUCGGACUGUGGCACGAGCAGAGUCGACCUGACAUUGGCUUUUCAUACGUUUCUUCUUCUAAAUUUCAUGUGGUGACUGACUUCAUCCUGCCGUCGUAUGCGAGCGACUUUGUGCAACAUGAGAAAGACAUCAUCACAUUCGAUAUACCAUACGAUCUAGGCUCGAUAAUGCACUACGGUGGCACAGCAUUCAGUAUGGAUCAGACGAGCAAGACGCUGGUUACUCGAGAUCCUCUCUACCAGAACACAAUUGGGCAAAGAGAGAAACUGUCAUUCUUGGACAUAGAAACCAUCAAUCGAGCGUACUGUUCAGACCGCUGCUUGGAACCGAACACAUGUCAGAACGGCGGCUACCAGCAUCCAAAUCUGUGCGAUACCUGUCUCUGUCCAGAUGGCCUCUCUGGAGCGAAAUGUGAAGAUUCAGAGCCACCACGAAAUGCACAAUGUGGUGGUGGAGUGGUCGUGACUGGUGAAUGGCAAUCCAUCGAAUCGCCAGGGUACUCUGAUGACGGUUACUACCCAGACCAGAAGUGCAGCUGGUUCUUCGUGGCACCUGAAAGAAAACGAAUCGAGUUCAAAUUCCUGGGAGACUUCUCUUUUUUGUGCACCUCCACAUGUAUCGAUUACGUUGAAAUGAAGAUCUCGACUGACUUCAGGAAUACAGGUUUCAGGUUUUGCUGCUCAACCGUUCCGCAAAGUUCAUUCGUAUCGGAAACCAAUAAAGCAAUCGUAAUCUUUCGCUCGCAGUUAGCAAACGACAUCGGCUUCAAGCUACAAGUGAGAGCAACCGAUCUGCCAGCCAGAACCACACCCGUUCCGGUGAUCGCGACGACAACAGUUGUCUCGACAACGAUAUCCGGCACGAAUUUGUGGGGCGAGUGGGGUCCGUGGUCGGUAUGCUCGCGCACGUGUGGCGGAUGUGGCAUCAUGUCGAGGAUUAGAACCUGUUACACUAAGGAAUGCAAAGGUCAGCGACAGCAGUUCAGCACGUGCAACUUGACGGCGUGUCCGAUCGACAAGCACUGCGCCAAGCUGCUCUCCAUCGACCGCCUCUGCCACGGAAACGUCUGCACCAACGCCGUAGAGAUCCCUUCGGGGUGUCUCCGACCGCAAUGCUGCCCUCCUUUCACUAAUGUUGACGGCACGUGUCAAAGCGAUUCAACGCUCCUCGACGAUUUCUUCUCGACGAAAAAGUAG